CAUGAAUGAGGAAACGAAACGCCUUCAAUAUGUCGGGCAAAGUGUGUUUGUCAACACACUAUUGAUUUUUCUUGUAUUACUAAAAAAAAGCGAGUUAAGUAAUCUAUUUAGCUGAGUUUCUAACCGCAUUUAACUAUAAGAUUUAUUUAAUAUUUCUACAUUACCCAUAAAGUGUUAUUGGACGUUUAAAAGUGUGAACUUUGUAACUUUCACAAAUACUGUCUUGCCUGUUGCGACUUAAUAAUAAUCGCAAAUUCGCAUUUUUGAGUUUAUUUCUAACUUUAAAAAGAUUGGAUUGUGUGUGAAAUGAUUAUUCUUAGUUAAGUGUUGUCAAGGAGAGGUAUAUUUAUCGAGAAUUUACCGGAAUCGGUUCUUAUUGGAGUGAAGGGCAAAAAUCAAUAUUUCUGCAGUAUCUCCGUUGCUAGGCUGUGUGUUACUCUAUGCAGUGCAACAUUAACGCAUGAGGCAUUAAUAUCAUUAAUUAUGGCGCAAAUAACGAAGUGACUUAAACAAUAUCGUUAUUAUCAUGAUGGAAGGAAUAAUAUCUUACAGAGUCACACCUCUACUCAAAUGUAUAGUGUUGUUCCUAUUUAUUUUUACGGCAAAGGUAUUGACUUCGCGGCCGCAAGAGACUCAGGACUUGAGAAAUGGUAUUCAGCAUUUAAAACCUUCUCACUAUGUGAGAACUUUUACUAAAUAUCACCAUAGAAGAACUAUACAAUGGAAUAAUCAGCAAGAUCUGAAUAAUUACUGGCCAGCUGUAAUUGACCAACCAAGAUCUGUAGACAAGAGGGACGCAGAACCAAACUAUGUUGAAGUUAGAGAUGUAUCAAAGGUCUACCAACAUGCAAAACUAUUAAAAAAAAGAAGUAUACCAGACUCAUCGAUAGAUCAAGUAUCUAAAACUGCUCUAAAACAUAAAUACUGGCCAGUGCAGCAUGUGCAGAUUGAAAAAAGAAGUUUAGAUGUUCCGAAUUCGAAUGAGUUUGUGGGUACCUCCCAUGACAUGCCAAGAUUAGAUCACUUUACCUCCGACACUGUUAGAGACAACAUUGUCGGGUCUACUGAAAAGAAAGCCAUAGGGUCUGGUAAAGAGACUAAGAAUGGACUAUCAAACAAUAUUAAGACAUAUAAAGUCAAAGCAGCCAUUAUUCCCACGGAAGCAACCACUACAAUGGGUCCUACGAUUUCUUGUUUCUACAAAAUCCAUGAUAGCGUAGCCAUGAGUGUUACCCCGUCUUACGAUGAUGAGAGAAAUGCUCAGCUGAUGGUGGAGAAUGAUAGUUUUGAAACAGGCCCGAUCACGGAGACCACCAUGAUGAAUGGUGAUGUUGCUCAAGUGGAACAGUGCACGGACACGAGAGCCUCCUGCUACACCCUGUGGCAUCAAGACACGCAGGGGAACAUCACUAUACUUGGACAAGGCUGCUGGCGCUCGUCCCAGUCCGAGGGGCGAAGCUCGUGUGACAAGUGCACGCGGGUGACAGCGCGCCUCCCCGGGACGAAAUUCUGUUGCUGUACCAAUGCUUAUUGUAACGCUGACUUUUUAUCCCUUAAAGAGGAGACAGUGACAAUGAAGGCGACGUCCACCCUGGACGGCAGCUCGCAGCGUGUUGUGGGCGCGUCCAACAUCGCCGCGUCCGCCGUCCUGGCGCUCGUGGCUGUGCUGGUGCUGGGCACGCUGCUGGCCAAGCUCUACUGUCGCGGGGCUGCGGACCAGAGGGGGGAGUCCGACCAGCAUCACGCUGAGAAAGGUGACGUGAUGGGCAGUGGUCCGGACGCCUUAGCGACUGGACUGUCGUGUGUGGAUAAUCUUACACUUAUCGAACAUAUUGGUCAAGGUAAAUUCGGUUCGGUAUGGCGCGGCAGUCUCGGCACUACGCCGGUUGCCGUCAAACUGUACUCGAACUCCAAUACUUGGCAUAAAGAGGCGGCGAUAUACGCGCUGCCCCAUCUGGCACAUCCAAACAUACUCAGAUAUUAUGGCAGCGACAGCCGCUUGACCCUGACGGAGGGCGGCCGCGAGCACCUCCUCGUAGUGGAGUUGUGCGCGGGGUCGCUCCGCGCGCGGCUGCAGCACGCGCCGCUCGCCUGGACCGAGUUCGCGAACAUCGCGCACGGACUCGCCUCCGCCCUCGCGCAUCUACACACGCCCGCCGGCAGCAAGCCGUGCGUGGUCCAUCGCGACGUGAACAGCAGCAACGUGUUGGUCACGAGCGGGGGUCACGCCCGUCUCGCCGACUUGGGACUCGCUCAGCUGUUGCACGCGGCGAGGGACUGCUCCGGACCUACUAGGAUCACUGAGGCGGGCACCCUCCGCUACCUGUCGCCCGAGGCGCUGGAGGGCGCGCUGGACCUGUCGGGCGCGCGCGCGGCGCUGUGCGCGGUGGACGUGUUCGCGCUGGGGCUGGUGCUGUGGGAGGCGCUGUGGAGGACGCGCGGGGCGCACGCGGGCCGGGUGCCGCCCUACGCGCCGCCCUACCAGCAGCACGGACUGCCGCCCAGGCCCACGCUCGCGCAGAUGCAGAGUCUAGUAUCCCGCAACAAGGCUCGCCCGCCGUUACCAAAGGGACCUGUACAGCAUGCCCGAGCGUUGAAGAUAGCUACCGACACCUGUGACGAGUGCUGGGAUCAUGAUGCUGAAGCCAGAUUGACCGCGGUCUGCGUAGAAGAGAGGAUGGCUGAACUGAAACAGAUGUUCCACGCGCAAGGGCCUCUCAUACACGAUAAUAAUUUACAUCCACAUUCGCAUCCCCCUGCCGACGCAAACAUCCCAUCACCGCCGGAAUCCGAUAAAAACUCAAACUGUACUAACACACAGAACUGUGACGUCAACACGCCCCUCUUAUACCCACACCCACACAUAGGACGCAACGCCUGCAUCGAACGCAACACGCACACAAACACUCAACAGACCACCGUCGAACUCAUACACAAAAGCUUGAAAGACAUCACAGCGCCCGUAGAGACACCUAGAGUACAAAAUAUAGAGGAAAACUGCCUCUCUGUGGCCAGAAUAACUAGUCACAGAAUCCCCAUACAAGAGAAUUCCAGCUUAUCCGAGAUAAGGUCGUAUCAGAGACCGCUAGAGUACGUCCAGAAUGACGUCACCAGUCAUGACGUCGACCGAGCCCCGAAACAAACGAAUCUACUCCAAGAUGUGAAAGUCGAAAAACCAAAAUGGGGCAUCAAAAAGUUUUUUGAAAGGUUGAACAGAAGUAAAAUGGAGACUGAAGUCAAAUUGGCUGAGAACUCUCAUCGGACGAUGACGUCAAUAGUUGAUAAACCAACAAAUAAUGACAGGCCAUCAAAUUUAACUAUAUCUCAAGACCGUGGACCCUUCAACUUCGAAGGACCUUGCACCCUAUCCCCACCAAAUAAGACUCUUUCUCCUACAAUGAUGUUGGAAUCAGACAACAAAGUGUUUGGCUUCAAAGAAAUACCUUUGAGGGAAAACGAGGCAAGAACCCCUAACCAAAUAUUCGCCGUCAUAGUUCCAAAAGCGAAACCAGAUUAUCACGAAAUGAAAAGCAAAAGAGGUAGCUCAGAAAGUCUGAAUAAAAGAUCAGUUAAAACAUCACUGUCUUCUCAGAGUAUACUGAAAUCUAAUUCAGAAUCUGAAGACUCGACUGUGAAAAAACGACUCAGUUGCGAUAAUAGAAUCAUGAACAGCGGUAGCUCUUCAAGAGCUAGUAUUAACCUAGAGUUACAAUACAUUGAUACACAAGAAAACUACAACGGAAACAUAAGUCCUUACGAUCUUAACUCGGAUUGCUCGAGCAGUGAAGACGAACACUUAAUGCUGUUAUCAGAAAAUGGCGGCUCGAAGAUCACCAUGCAAACCAUCCCAAGAUCAGACGCUGAAAAGAAGAAAUACCAAAAUGAAGUUCUUAAAGAAUCAAGUCAAGUCACUGACUUCACUUUUAAUAAAUUCCAAAAUAAAUACACGAAUUUUGAUAAUGAAUUCAGCGAUCCUAAUGAUAAGGAAAAUUUAGUCAACGGUUACAGCGGAGACAAUCCUGUUUACCUAGCGGCUUUGAACGGCGAAAUCGAUACUACCGAUUUGAAGUAUACGGGCAAUCGAUCGCCUAAGCCGACGUUGAAGAAUCUGACGAUUAAAAGACAGCAUUCGCUUGAGCAUGUUAGUGAUAUCUUUUCAUCGGCUGGUGAUGUGAAUUUGUUGAAUCCGGCUGGUAGAGUGAAGACUCCAGGGGAUCUGCCGGUCGCUGUGAGACGGGCUCGAAGGGACAGGGCUCUGCAGAAAGGUAGGGCUAGUGAAUGUAACAGAUUGAGCUUGUACGACGAUAGGAUGAUGUUUGGUAAUAGUUUGUAAGUGUAAUUCUGAUGUUUUUGGUUGUGUUUGCACCUGAAAUGUGUUUUUAAGUGAUUAAAGUUGAUUUUGUGUUGCUGAGGUCAAGGUUUAACUUGAAGGGUAAGUUAAUUGUGGUCUUUUUAAGUUAUGUUAGUUGUUAUAGGUGUUUAGUUGGUUAUAUUUGUCAGAACUGCAGCUCUUUUUUGUUCUUGAAGUUACUGUUUGUUAUAAUUUAUACUAAAAUGUAUCUUAAGUUUUACAAUAUUUUCUCCAAACAGAUAUUUAAGACAAUUAACAUAUAUUAAAAUCAAAUCAAAAGUACUAUAAUUAUACUCACAAAAAUCACAUUUCAGGCGCAAAAUUACAAAAAUCUAGAACAAAAUUCGAGAAAAAAUCGUUAGAAAUCACAUUAAAUCAAAAAGUGUCAUUUGAGUGCAUUUAUAAGUACAGUCAGCAAAAUCAUUCGCUAUAUAAAAAGCAAAAAGCUUUUAGGAAUCGUUACCUCACCUAAAAUUAAGGAAUAUGAAUUAAAAAUUAAUAUAAAAUUCAUUGAUAUAUGAAAACCUAUGAUACAGCCUAAAGUUAGCAUAAAAAGCAGUAGGAAUAGAAAAUAGAAACAUACUUCGCAAAUUAACCUUAAACACCGGCUAGAAAGAUCAAAUUUGCUUGACUAGAGUUUUUUGAGACGAUCAUACAUGCAUAUCUGAUCGUAAAAGGUUUCUAUUUUUUUAACCCCCGACGCAAAAAGAGGGUUGUUUCAAGUUUCUGUCUGUGGUUUUGAACUGAUGUACACAUACAUACCUCACAUCAAAAUUUCAGCUUUGGAGGAUUUAACAAAAAAUCGAAAUUUUUAAUUUCAUUCGAUUUUUUUCAUGCAAGUUGCAAUUAUUCAUAGAUUUUCAAUCAAACAUGGAUCAAGAUGUCAACACUGGCUCUUUUUUGUCGUUGCAUUUAAACCAUAAUGACUUCAGCCCACGUUCUUUCGUGGGGAUAUGUCGGACUUCCACCGACUAAAAACACCCCGGGUCCCUUCUUCUGCUAAACAAUUAUGAACCAAAUGGUUCGGAAUUCCUUCAAAUUACAGCAAACGUAUGUAUGAGACAAGUAUUUUUGAUUCUUUUUUCGCCCUUGACGCGUUUGUCUUAAAGUUGAUUUUACAACGCGAGACGAAAAACAAAACUCCUCAUAAUAAUACGUGGAUUCAUUUUAGAGGGACGUUUUUGCGACGACAAAUGUGUAUUAGGUUUUUAUAUAUCAAUAAAAUAAAAUUGUGCUUUUAAUAAUAUUAUUAAUAUUUAAAAUCGAUUUUUAAGUCGACAGUACAAUAGGAUUUUCGCCUAUUUGAAUAAUUGUAUCAGGUUAUUGAAUAUUUGCUAAAUUUAUCUUUCGUAAUUUCCUAGUUUGCCUGACUAUUUCAAUUGUGCAUUUUUAAGAUUUUUGCUAAUUCCAUACACACUUAGUAUUUUCAGUAAUUGUAAUGAAAUCUUUUCGUUCUAAUGAUCUAAUAGAAGAUAAAGAAGUUUAAAACGUCAUAGUUUUGUAAGAGAGGCAGUGUCUUAGCAUGGUGUAAGGGAAAAAAGAGGCUUAGUUUAAAUGCUGUUUUUGCUUAUAUACACAAGUUAUAGGAAGUUUAUUCAUACUUUGUCAAGGAAAGCAAUAGCCGACGAUUAAAAAUGGUAAAAAAUCUUUUAAUAUAAUAUAAGUCUAUCUUUUUUUAAAACCUAUCAGCUUCUUUUCGUAUAGUUGAUGUACAAUCUAGUGUCAGUUUGAAAAUCCUGAAUUAUUCUCAGGUGUGCUGGUUUGGCCACGAUUUUUCCUUUCUUUUUUUUAUAAGUAAAGUCAUGAAUUCGUAAAGACAUGGUGCUCGAGGUUUUAAACCUUAGUCAGACAGUCAUGGGCUCUCAAUGCAUUUAACUUAUGAGCAAUUAUAGAAUUUUUUUUUUGAUUACUUUAAAAUAUAAUACACGUUCUCGUAAACUCUUGUUGGCAACAAUGUCAGUUUUUCGUAGAGAUUCGUUAAUUUUCAUUUAUAGAAGCAGCAUUACAUAACAAAUAUGGCCAUUUUUAUAUUAGACCUUGUAAAUAGCUCUGCCUCUUGUACACAUAGUACCUUAUAUUUAUAAACACAAUACAUUUUAAUAUCAUGGU